AACACCACCACUACCAACCCCACCAGUAUGGAGUCCAUGGAAUAUGAAAUGGCACGCAACAUGACGUUGCUAUUCUUUUUGGAACGUCUGCUCGAUAAGGGAGAGCCACGCACCGUUCAUGAUUUAUCAUGUCAGUUUGGCAACAAGGAAUUCACCAAGGAGAUGCGUCAAAUUGCCGGUGGAUCACAGUCAGGUCUUAAGAAAUUUUUGGCUCAGUAUCCUUCCAUUUUCCUGGUCGAUGGUGAUUAUGUUCAAGUAAACUGCUACCAACAUUCCAAUGCCGAUGAUGGCGGCUAUGGCGGUCGACGUGAUUACAUACAGGAGGCCAAAGAAUAUUUCAAAAAUAAAUUGCUACAGUAUGGCAUUGGUGUGGAGGUGCCAGUGCGCAGUUUAUUGGGCCAUAGAUCACAGGCAUCACCACAAGUCCGACAUAUAUCAGGUCAACACAUUAAGGAGUUUACGGAAUUUCUUUGCAAACAUCCCGACACAUUUCGUGUGGUCGAUGAUCAUGUGGUCUUGGUGGGCUGUGAAGAUAUGACCGAUUUACCGGCCCGUGAUCGUCUACAUUUGCCCCAGACAAAUAUCGACACUCGAGCCACUCAACAAAUGUUGGAUUUCUUUGCUCAAUGCAUCGAGAUGAAGGGACCCAUUAUGGUCGAUCAAUUAUUCCAUUUGGUUACCACCAAUUUCCCCCAGGAACAAUGGUUGCGCAUGUUUAAAACCCCUAGCGAUUUGAUGACUUUCCUACGACUAUUCUCCGAUUGUUUUCACAUUCAAGCAAAUCUAGUCACUCUAUUACAAAAACCUAAGCUAAGCGAUUCUCAUAUACAACAGUCACAGGCCAAGUCACGGGAGCAAUAUAAUGCUAUGAACAAUAAUCGCAAUGGUAAUGCGGGCCAACAGCAGCAGGAUAAAUCAUCUCAAUCGCAGCCCGCCAUAAGUGCAGUGCAACAGCGAUUGUUGUCGCCACGUCUAAAUCACAGCACCAACAACAACAAUAACAACAAUGGCAAUAACUCAUUACAAAACAACAACAGCAUCAACAAUUCAAGCAACAACAACAACAGCAUUGCAUCACCCAAUUUUAAAUUAAAUGCUCCCGUAACCACUCACAACGCCUCCUCGGCCACAUCUGGUUCCAAUGGUGAUUUGUCACAAACUCGUUCUGAACCCAAUUCAGGAUUUGAUAGUUAUAUCCCAAUAUCGGAGAUGAAAUUGGAAAAUCUAUGUGAACGUAAUUAUCCUGCACCCAACAACUGUUCAUCAUAUGGCGCCACCUCCAAUCAACAAUCAUCCGUAGGGGGUGCAGCACCCGUCAAUAAUCACUCAACACCACCUGCCAUAUCAUUGCCACCGCAUCAGGCACCCCUACCAACUGCAGAACGUCUUAACAGUGCCAAUCAAACUUUGAAGCAGCGUAUCAACAACCUGGUCAUACGGACCCUAGCCGAAAACUAUGAAAAAGACAAACAAUCCAUGGCCAAUCAACAGGCUGGUUCUGUUGGUUAUAAUCCCCAGAAUUCGCCACAUCACAGUCCCAAUCAUGCGAAUGCCAACAAUUCAUCGGUGGGUCAUAACUCUACGAUUAAUUCGUAUAACAAUUCGUCGUCGUCAUCUCCUAGUCAAAAUUAUUUUGUCGGUGAUACUUGGAAAAUUAAAGUUCUGCAAAAUACCAGUGUCAUUGCGAACAUUAAACAAUCGCUAUUUGUAACCGAGGCAAUGCUCAAAUUUGCCCAACAAAAUCAAUCAAUUGUUGUGUCCCUGGAUUGUGAGGGUAUCAAUUUGGGCAUCAAAGGCGAGAUAACUCUCAUUGAGAUUGGCACCACACGUGGUGAAGCAUUCAUUUUUGAUGUACGCACCUGCCCGGAAAUGAUUAAUGAUGGUGGUUUGAAAGCUUUGCUGGAGCAUGAAAAUGUCAUCAAGGUGGUCCAUGAUUGUCGCAAUGAUGCUGUUAAUUUAUAUCUACAAUUUGGUAUUCUACUGAGAAAUGUUUUCGAUACACAGGCUGCCCAUGCUAUUGUCCAAUAUCAGGAGAGCGGCAAACAGGUGUACAAAGCCAAAUACAUAUCGUUGAAUUCACUGUGUGAACAAUAUAAUGCUCCGAUAAAUCCAAUAAAGGAGCAACUAAAACAAAUCUAUAGACGCGAUCAGAAAUACUGGGCCAAACGGCCAUUGACGCGCGAGAUGUUACUCUAUGCUGCCGGAGAUGUUUUAGUUUUGAUCAAUGAUCAGCUCUAUGGAAAUUUAACAAGACAAAUAAAGCCAGAAAAUCUGCAAUUAUUUUCUGAACUUUGUACCGAACAAAUUCUCAUGCAUAUCAAGCCAAACGAAGUGAAAAUACGUAAGAAGCAACGAAAAAUAUCCACUGAAGUAUCCGAUCUCAAACAGAAAUUAGCUCAAACCAAAACCAAGAGUAUUGUGUUGUCCAAUCGGGAAAUUCGAUUGUUAAGAUAUAUGGACUUGACUGAAGAUGAAAAGGAACGUGUUAAGGGUUACUAUAAGGUUGCCAAGAAAUUAGAAAAAAUGGAAUCGUCUGGACAACAGAAUAAAGAUCAAAGUGACUCGGAAGAUGAACAGGAAACCAAUGAAAACGACAAUUUCCCCAGUUUGGAUUCGGUGCCAUCGGACAACUCAUUGACUGGCACUUUCUCGCCCCGUUUCAGCUCGGAACCACCCAGCUUGACAGAAUCCAUGCAAAUGAUGGAUGAGAUAUUGGCAAAUCAAUCUAUGGAUCGUGUGGCCAAAAUUGAUAAACUUGAAGCAAUAUUAUCGGCUGUGACACUGUUGCCAAGUGAUCAGAUCAUAACUUCCAAUGACCAAUUGGGCACGACCAUAGCGACAACUGAUAAUUUACAGAUUGUCAGAGAAAAAACGAAAAACAUGAAAAAUUGCAAUUGUGUUGGCGAGCGUAGCACCACGCCCACAACCAACAAUCAGAAUUCCCAAAUUAUACGCAACGCCGUGGACAAAGGCCAAGUAAAAAUGAUUGACGCAGCAUCACAAACAUUGAGUACUGGCGACAUUGUCAUAACCAAGAUUAUCUUCGAGGACGAACAUGAAAAGGCCAAAGAAAAAGUCUUGACUUCAUCGCCUAAACGAAAUACUUCUGCAUAA